AUGUCUGGAAACCCUAUUUCACCGCCACCCGUAUCCUGCCCAGACGGCCUGCCGGUCGAAGUCAUUGGAAUCAUCAUUGGCCACUUGAUUGCCCAAAUUCCAACGCCUCCUUUGGUCGCGCUUACUGGGACGCUCUUGGCAAAGCGCUAUCAAAUCCCUGGUGUUUCUAACUGUGCGUUUAACCGCCUUCUCGAUAUGUGGACAAGUCGAUUUGUGACACCCAGCCUUCCUCCGCUUCGCAACCUCUGCCUCAAUGGGAUUUGGUACACGAUGCCCUUGACUGUGUCUCUGGCCGGUGUCGUCUCAACAUGCACUCCAUAUCCGUAUGCCUGGUCCAUCUUGCCAGAAGGUGCAGCAUCGAUCAUCGCAAUAUGUGCCUGGUCCUUAGUCCACUUGAAAUUACGCUAUGUCAACGUUGUUGGCUUUUCAACCGUCCUUACAAAUGCCAUCCAAGGUGUUACAAACCUCAAGACUCUCGUCAUCCAUGGAUCUCAAUCUCCACACACGAUGCACGACUACAAUACUUUAAAAACUCUAUUGGAGGGAAUGAUAUCAUUGGAAUCUUUGUCCAUUCGAUUUGCCGAUCUGCCAUCGAUGCGCCUACGUCCUGGCUCACUCCCAAAUUUGACCCAUUUUUAUAUCUCUUGCCACCCCAGAAAUUGCCGCGCCGCAAUUGACAUCUGUCGCCCGAACAAAAGGCCAAUCAAUUGCCUCGAGAUUUUUCCGCCAAGCCACCCCGACCCAACAGCUGCAAUGGUUUUGGGUCUGACUGCGACCCUUGAAACCUUAUUCAUAAUGUCUAUCCCUGAUCGUGUGCCGCACGACAUCCGUAACCACAUCUUUCCACAUCUUAGGGUAUUGCGGAGCAAAUACUGCAAUUCAGAAGAAGAAGAUCUAAGAUGGUUGAAUCCGGAGCUUCCACAGCCCUUCACCCCACCUCCCAAUUUAAAGCAUAUUGUUUCCACAAUCACUCCGGAUGAAGAAACUCCGGACUUGUAUUUAGUGAAUGCCUUUGAAGCCAUUGUAAUCCAAUGUCACUUCAUGAAUCCUAUGACUCGGGAUGAAAUUGCAACACUUCCAGACCAGCUCAACGCUGAAGACUAA